AGAGAGGAACGUCUAAUAGAGAAGUUCAUGAACAUGGUAACAUUCUGACAGUGUUUGUGGUUUUGAUAGGAAAACUGUGACAAAGGUUUAACCCUGUAGUGUGUCUGUUAGAGCAAAACACAACCCCCACACCGUUGUGUCGUGCAGUCAGGCAGGACAACUGGACUGGACUCUGGCAUGUCUAUCUUUGUGAUACUGGGACUGCUGGUCUGCAUAGAGGCACAAGAGUCCAGUGCUGAGACUCCUGUGUUUGUGAAGAAGGGAGAGGAUGUGCUUCUGAAUGUCACAAUGGCUGAUGAUCCUGAAGAUGAUACUGUUGCCUGGAAAUUCAAUAAAACAGUUAAUUUAGUACGAUUUUUACCUGGUAUAGGACCAAAAGUCUCUGAUGAUUACUCUGAAAGGAUUGAGUUGCUUGAGAACUACUGUGUGAAAUUGAAGAAUCUACAAGAGGCAGACAGUGGAGUUUAUACUGCAUUAGUGUUUGGGGAUAAAGAAAAACAAAUAACUGGAUACAAGGUCACAGUUCAAGAUCCAGUGUCUCCAGUUAAACUGUCAGUGGACUCUGUGUCUAACAGCUCAGACUGGUGUAACCUGACAGUGAGCUGCAGAGCACAGGACUCUCACAUUAACAGCACCUUUAGAUGUGAGACCCACACCUGCAGUCAGGAGGGAGGAGAGAGACCACAGGUCACACCCUCUGCUGCUGCUCUCCAUGUCUACCUGUCCAAUGGCUCCAUCAUCUGUACCCAUAGCAACCAUGUCAGCUGGAAAAAGGACACAAUUAAAAAUGUCUGCUCCCGACUUGCUGGUCCAGAGAGUGUCUCUGCUGGUGUCUCUGUGUGCCUGCUGAAGACAGCCGUGUUGUCCGUCGGUCUGAUCAUCAUGGUGGCUGCUGUCAUCACUGUUCACCUCAUGGAGAAGCUCAAGAAGCACGAAUAAAAACUCCAAGUUAAAGAGGGACGUUGUACAUUCCUCCCACUGAUGUCAUGCUGUUCCACUGAUUGACAGUAGGUGGCAGGAACACUCCAGGAAAUGCACCAACAAAGGAGAGGAGGUAGAAUGCUGCAAGCCAGAAAACGUGGAUGCAAACAAUGUAAGAUUUAAAAAUAUUUGAACAAAAUCUUUGGAAAAUGUAUUUCAACUACAUUUUUAAAGAUUAAAUGAUACUUUAAAUGCAAUUUCACAAGUAUAACUGAAUGUAAAUAUUGUUUAUUUCCAAGAAAACUCCACAGGCACCUUUUAAGCAAAUGCUGAUGAUACUAGAUUAUCCAUUGAUUAUACCCAAUAAUCACUGUGCUCACUUUGUAAAUAAAAUGAUUGUACAGAGAUGAAGAUACAAGAGCCUUGAUGUAACCCUGAAUGUUAUUAACAAUGUUUUAACAAUAUAUAUGUAUGUUUAUAUGUACACACAUACAGUAUGUUAUUAUAUUUGUUCAUCUCUGCGUGAAUACAGUUUCUGCUACAUGCACCAUUAUCCGAGAUUCAUUAAAUAUAUACUCAUCUUAUAUUUUGUGGUGAUUUUGUGAAUUCAUGGAAAGAUCAUGGCCACUGACUCCCAUUUAAAUACGUGAACAAAAUUUGGGAAAAUAUGAAUCCCAACACAUUUGUAAAGCUUCAAGGUUUUUUACAAUGCAAUUUGGUGAGUACAACAUCUUGUAAAUAUUAUUUCUUUCUGAGAAAACUCUACAGGGCACCUUUAUUACAAAUGC